AUGUCCUCCGGCCGCAGAAAGAACUCACCCUCCUCUUCAUCGGCCCACGAGUCCGGCAGGCCAUCAAAGAAGAGGAGGGACAUAACACUUGCGGAUGCCCUAGAGGCUGCCAAAGUCUUUCUUUCCGCAGUUGGUAUAUUAUUGGCUAGAGGCCAAGUCCAAGACGACAGCGACGCAGCCCUUCGUGGUUCCAAAUUAUUUUCUGGCGGGCCGCACAAGACUCGUGGCCCUGACUUUUAA